CUCAUUCGCACUCCACAAACGCCCAUCACUACACACCAUCAUCGCAUGGGAAACGCAUCCUCAGGAGACAGCGGCAGGUAUCGCUACGGAUACCAUGUUCUCAAGGUUAAGGACAACUCGCCCGCCUCUCAAGCAGGACUUCGGCCUUACUUUGACUACAUCAUGGCCGUCAAUGACAUUCGACUGCUCACAGAGGACACGACUCUGCGCGAUCAGAUGCAAGCGAGCGAAAAUAAGCCGAUAAAACUGGACGUGUAUUCGACGAGAGAACAAGCCCUGCGAAAGGUCGAGAUGACACCGACACGCAAGUGGGGAGAUGGCAAGGACGGACUCAUCGGCUGCAGUAUUCAGUUCUGUCUCUUUGAUACCAUCAGUGAUAUCGUGUGGCAUGUAUUAGAUAUCGCCAAGGAUUCGCCAGCAGAGCGAGCAGGCCUUUGCGCUCAUGCGGAUUACAUCAUCGGAACCCCUCUAGGAGUUAUAAGAGGCGAAGGCGACCUAUAUGACCUUGUGGAAGAUUACAUUGGAGAGCUGUUGCCACUAUAUGUGUACAAUGUGGAUGCCGAUGAGGUUCGAGAGGUGGUCAUUAUACCAGCCGAAGAAUGGGGAGGCGAAGGACUCUUGGGCUGUGAUGUUGGAUAUGGGUACCUUCACCGCCUGCCUAAAAAUACAAGACGUUAUCAGGCAGCAGGAGGACCACACUCAGAGGAACAAAUGCAAUCAGCAACAGUAGAACAACCCUCGCAAGCAGUUGGUAAGCAGGAUUUAAAGGGCGCUGAAGCCAAGGACCAUGUUGUCACUGCGCCAGUCCAGCUGGAUGGAAACGGACGCUCCGAUAUCGCGGAUGGUCCUGUAGGCGAGAAGGAAAUUACAGAGAAUGCCGUUCGGAAUCGGGAAGAGCCGAUAACUGAAAGAGGAAACAGCGAUAGUGCAGAUAUGCCAGCUGAGGUCAACCCUACAGAACCAGGGACGGAUGUACCAGAGAAUCUUGACUCGCAGCAACAAACGCCAACUUCCAAUACUGAUACUCUAAUGAACGAGCCAAAGUCUAAGGAAAUUACACAAAGCGAGGAUACCCCCGUGUUGGAUUCACGGCACUCUGAAAGUUCAACACCUUCGCCAAUGGUGACUUCAUCAAGCGCCCCUAUAACGAACCAGUCUGACAUCGCCAACGAAAACAAUUCGGAUCUACUACCUGCCCAACCAUCGUAUACGGAGCUGUCCUCCAAUCAAGAGAGGACAAGGGAGGGCCCAAUCCCUACUUUGCCUGCUAAACAUGCUGCGUCGAUUGAAUCCACCCCCACACCUAUCUCGCCCCAAAAGUUAGCGAAUCAGACAAGCAACGAAGACGUAUCGUCUGAAAACUCGAGUCCUGCACCGGAGCAUCCACCAGCGGCAUCCGAGAGCAAGCCCGGACGCAGAGCUCCUCCAUUGGCGAUUGCCGCCAGGAUGCUACCGCCAGGCAUUCACGGCCGCGGUUCUCAAAGCCGCGGAGCCCGUCUUGGACACGACGGCCAUCCCGUACGCGAGAACACUCCUCUUAAGGACGUCCAGAACCAGGCACAGCAGCAGUCAGCGCUGUACCGCGAACAAAUGGCACGCUAUGAAGCCGAGCAGGCGGCUCAGGAUUCGAACGGAUCGGAUGAACAGGAGAAUGAAGAUUCGCAGAACCAACAAGGUACUCAAGAUGUGAAUCCUGAAGUUCACGAGUACGUUGUUGAGGGCAUGAUCCGUAACAUGGCACUAGGAGCGUCUGUCUUUCCUCUAUAACUCUCUCCAAGUCUGUCAUUUUGAAUAAAUACUGUAAUAUUAUG